UACAAUUAAAGAAAAAAAUGAGAGGGAACUACACAAACCAGGAGGGAAGCAGAAAGAGGAGAACACACACGAGAAAAAAAGCAUCAAAAUUAAAGUAGUAGAAGAAGAUGAACGAAGAUGGUAUCACCUCUGCGAAUCCCAAUUCCUCUCUUCCCAAACCUCCCUCUUCAUCUCCAACUCCUGCUGCUAGCUCUGCUGGGGCUUCGUGGCCUGCCGUUCCGGCGAAUGCUUCUGACGGAGAGGGCCGCCAGAAUGGCAAAUCAAGCGCCGAAUCGGAUUUGGCAGCUGCCGCCGGCUUCUCUUCGGAUUCAAACCUUUCGUGUAGGCCUUGGGAGCGUGGAGAUUUGCUCCGGCGCCUUUCCACUUUUAAACACGCCGGAAAAAUGCCCAAGAUUGCUGGCUCAUUGGCUUGUGCCAAAAGGGGCUGGGUGAAUCUUGAUGUUGCCAAGAUUGAGUGUGAGGUAUGCCAUGCACAGUUAGAUUUUGCUUCAUCCUCAGCUAACUCUUUUGAAGCUGAUGGUUCCAAUGAAGAACUUUCUAAACAGCUUGAUAGAGCUCACAAAGCCACUUGUCCUUGGAGAGGUAAUAGCUGUCCAGAAAGCUUGGUGCAGUUCCCUCCGACUUCACCUUCAGCUCUAAUUGGAGGUUAUAAGGAUCGGUGUGAUGGACUCCUGCAGUUUUACUCCCUCCCUGUUGUAUCGCCGGCUGCUGUUGAGCAUAUGCGAGUUACACAUAACUCUCAAAUUGACCGGUUUCUUGCUCAAUCGCAAAGUCAGACAGCUGGGGAAAUAGGCUACAGAGAAAGUGCUUCUGGAAUGGGAUUUGCUGGAGAACAGGCUCUUAAUUCAUAUUCUUAUGCCCAGAAACUCAUAAGUCUUUGUGGAUGGGAGCCAAGGUGGCUUCCAAAUGUGCUCGACUGUGAAGAGCAGUCUGCCGAAUCUGCUAAAAAUGGUUGCAGCUCUGGUCCAGCCAAAGGCUCGGCUCCAAGCAAGAAGGAAUUUUCAACUUCAUGGAUAGAUGCUGGGGACAACGAUGCACUAGGUUCGGAAUUCAAUUGUGAAUCUAGGUCACCUUUGUUAGAUUGUAGCUUGUGCGGAGCCACAGUUAGAGUGUGGGAUUUCUUACUUGUCCCUCGGCCUGUUCAUUUGGCUCCCUGUGUCAUUGAUACCCCUCAAACAAGCAAGAAAAUGGCAUCAACACGAGGAAUAAGUGCUGCGAGUGGGAUCAAUGAAUGGGCUGCUGUGGAUGCUGUUGAAAAAGAGCCAUUUGGAGAUCAUGAUGAGGCUACAACAUCUGAUAAAAGGCAACUUUUAUAUAAUAAAAGUUUAGAUUUAAAUCUUAAAAUGGCUAGUGGGCCAUCUGGUUCACUAAUAAAUUUGACUUCAACCUUGGAACAUGUGCAAGAUACCAGCGAAGGAAGGGAUUUAAUGGCUGGACGUCCCUCUGGAAGUGAGGUCGGUGGUCGCUCUGGAUCUUAUGAACCACAAGGCCCAAAUGCCCGCAAGCGCAAGUUGGACGAUGGUGUAACCACAUCUAGCAAGCCACAACAGGUGGGCAGUGCUGAAAGAACUAUAAUUGACGGUGAUAAUAAUGAAGUCACUGGUGGUCAACAGCAUUCAGCUGGCCCUUUUAAGCGAGCCCGUGAUGUUACUCAUUCAGAGGCAUUCCUAAUUCCACCACGAAAACCUUCUCGUUCUCUACCCAACCAUUCAUUAGAUGUUCAAAUAGAAGGUGAUGCUAAUAUGGUUAACGAAGCAAAUCCAGAAAGGGAUCACGUUGUUGGCAAUCCAUCUACUAGAGAUUCCACCCAUGCUUCCUCUAUUAUUGCGAUGAAUACAGUUUAUCACAGCUCAGAUGAGGAAUCUAUGGAAAGUGUUGAUAAUUGUCCUGUAGAUGUUAAUGACGUCAACUUCCCUUCUGUUGAUUUGAAUGAAACAUCAGAGUUAAAUAGCAGUUAUCAAGGACAGCAGAGUGGUUGUUUACAACCACUUUUAGAAAGAGCAGGAGGUGAGACAGGUGUUAGCAGUUCUAAUGCUUGUGGAGAAGUUUUGAACACUGAGAUAUUAACUGCACAAGCUAGGGAUGGGCCUAGCUUUGGUAUUAGUGGAGGAAGUGUUGGCAUGGGUACAAGUCAUGAAACUGAAAUUCAUGGAACUGAUAUCUCAGUUCAUAGAGGUGAUAGUUUAGGUGAUGUUGAACCAAUUGCUGAAGUAAUUGAAAAUCAGGGCCAAGAUGCUGAAUUUGGACGUUCAAAUGGCCUUAUUGUCGAUUUUGUGCCUGAGGAAGCUAGUAAAGGAGAUCCUCAAGGAGAUAGUCAAGCUGUGGUGUCUCAAUCUACCCCAAGGACUGAUAGUGGCUCAAAAAUAUUAGUUUUAACAAAGGUAGAAUCCAUUGAAAUUAGUGAGAAGACAAAUAGCAGUCUGCAGAUGCUAGGCCAUGAAAAUGGUGCCCACCCAUCACUUUCUUGCAAUGCUAUCAUGUGUUCUGCCUAUGAAGUAUCCAAAGAAGAAGUCACUCAGAAUGGGAAGGAUGAUGGUGCAUGCCAUGAAUCAAGCUCUUUACUUGCAGAUGUUGUGGGGACUCCUUAUAGAGAGAACGUAAAUGGGGGUGUUGAAUUUGACCCCAUCAAACUGCAUAAUGAUUGCUGUCCUUGGGUGAAUGGGGAUGUUGCUGCUGCUGGUUGUCAUAAUCCUACCUCCAGUUCUGGUCUUGGUACCAUAGCUUUGUGUGGCUGGCAGCUGACUUUGGAAGCUCUGGAUUCUUUCCAGUCACUUGGACAUCUUCCAGUGCAGACUCUGGAAUCUGAGUCAGCAGCAUCCAUGUGCAAGGUUUGUUCUGGUUGUCUCUCUCAGUAUUGUCCAUGAUAAAAUAGAGAACCUUUCAGUUAGAUGUUUAAUGCUGUUAUGAGUGUUCUUGUUUUCAUAUAGUAUAUUCCCUGACGUGUAACUAAAAAAAUGGCUACAAGGGACAUAGAUAUGAAAAAAAUAGAUAUGAAAAACAACUGAACUUGGACUUUGCAUAAAUGGUCUCUUAGAAACAGUGACAUAGGAUGAUAAGAAGCUUUUUGACGAGAAGCUUUUGGCAGGGCAGCUGCCCCCUGCCCUUGAGAAGCUCUGUUGUUGACUUGCUGCUUAGAAAAUAGAAAUCUAAAUGGCUUGGAACUUGGGCCUUUCUAUGUAUGACAUAAAUUGCAAUUUCUUCAAAUGUGUAAAGACCUUCAAAAUUACUCUUAAGAAUCACCACUGAGUAACGAAUGAAGCUUUGCAGCAUGUUUG